AUGUCGUCACCAUCCGCCUCAUCGCAGGGAAGCAAGCGCAAGAGGAACGCCGCCGCAAUCUCCAACGGCGUUUCGGACAGCGCAUUGCAGCCCUCAUCUCGCGAUGCUUCUGGCGAAGAGGGCGACACUACCGCGCCUGAAUCCGGUCGACAUAAUCUUCGCAACGGCACCAAUGGCCCGAACCCUAAGAGACUGCGAAGCAACUCGGGUCGCUCUGCCGACGUCGCUACUGAGAACGUCGUCGAUCCUGGCGAGCCAAGCGAUACCACAGAGGCUAGCAUUGAUAUUGCCGAGAGGGUUGGUCGCAGAGGACGCAAGUCUACUGUCAAUGGUGAUGAUGAGUCCAUGGCGCCGCCUCCGGUUGGCGAGUUGAUUCAUCCUGCCGGCGGCUUCAAGACCAACCCGCCUCCCGUCGGCAGACCUGUGCGAGUCUAUGCCGAUGGUGUCUUUGAUUUGUUCCAUCUUGGUCACAUGCGACAGCUUGAGCAGGCCAAGAAAGCUUUUCCCAACACCACUCUUGUCGUGGGUGUUACCGGUGACGGUGAAACACACAAGCGCAAGGGCUUGACUGUCAUGUCGGCCAAGGAGCGAGCCGAAUCCGUGCGACACUGCAAAUGGGUGGACGAAGUCAUCGAGGACUGCCCGUGGAUCGUCACCGCCGAGUUCCUCCAAGCCAACCAGCUUGACUACGUUGCGCACGACGACCUUCCAUACGGUGCUGACGAGGGCGAUGACAUUUAUCAACCCAUCAAGGCGGCCGGCAUGUUCCUGGUCACCCAACGAACCGAAGGUGUGAGCACAACCGGUAUUAUCACAAGAAUCGUCCGUGACUACGAAAAGUACAUCAGCCGACAGUUCAAGCGCGGUACCUCCCGACAAGAGCUCAACGUCAGUUGGCUCAAGAAGAACGAGCUAGAUCUCAAGCGUCACGUCCAAGACCUCCGAGAGAACAUCAUCACAAACUGGACCAGCACAGGCCAAGAGCUCAGCCGAGAACUCAAGCAGUUCUGGCCGUCUAGCCGACCUCACAGCCCUGCCCGUUUCAACUCGGCCAACAGCAGCGAUGGUCUUCGCUCACCCACCACCCCCGGGCCCAAUCCUGGCAAUUCCAAGGAGUUUGUUACUGGCUAUGCUCUCGGUCUUGUCGGUGGUGUGCGCUCAUGGAUGACCAAGAACAGACGAACCGUGGCCAGUCGCCCCGUCUCCGACGACGAGUCCGAGGAGUCUGACGAAGCCAAGUCUCCCGUGUCCACCGACGCUCCCCCUCUGUCUACCGCUGUCUAA